AACUCAUAAAACUAUUUACACGUUUUCAUUUAUUCAGGUUUAUGUAAAACUUAGACAUGCGCCUAAUUUAUUAUUUAUACUAUUAUUCCAUCGAUAUGGUUUUCUACCUGAAAUGAUUUUAUUUUGCAGAUAUUAAAUAGAUUACUAUACGAUAUAUUGUCAAUGCAUCCUAGCGGUGACUGCAGUUUUACGUGUGUGAGUGUAUGUGCACGCUUGGGAGGUGCGAAUGGAUGCGUUUAUAUAUAGGUAAGGAUGGUCAAUGUGGGGCGUCUUCACGCUCGCAACCUUGGAUAUGGACACGUUAACAAAAUUACGUCAUAAAAUGUAAAUUUAAACAAAAUAUAUUUAAAAAAUUGGUGAUUUUGUUUUUGUGGUGGUGACAAGUUACCUGGAUACCGAAUGUCAACAAUGGCGAGAGUGCUUGCAUUGCUGGCCCUCUUGGCGCACCUAUUAGUAUUAACAAGCCAAGAAGAGAGUGUUGUCCUGGAAGAGGAAGUGAAAAAACACGAUACUAAUCAAGGAAAUCCUACUUAUUCCUUCAGCUACGGAGUGUCCGAUGCAAGCACGGGUGAUGUCAAAUCGGUAUGGGAGUCCAAAGAAGGUGACACUGUUAAAGGUCAUUACAGUGUUGUUGAACCGGAUGGUUCUAUGAGAUCUGUCGAGUACUCAGCCGGUCCUGAUACCGGAUUCACAGCCGUAGUAAAAAACGAUGGGCAGUUAGUUGAAAAAAAGGGUCGUAGUUUGUUUGAAGAAAAAUCUCAAAGAGAUUUUGGGAAGGUUUACGACUUUUCUGAAGAUUCAGAAGACGAAAGAGAUUCUUAUCUGCCAACUGAUAGGAAAAGAGCAAAACACCCAUUUGAUUCACUAUUCAAAGAUUAUUCCCUAAAAAAGCGGCCAAAGUAUCCAAAAGAUUUAGAAGCAAGUGACUUCACUCAUAGCAUUACAAUAAAACAUCCACUUGAUGAAGCGGGAAACGAACCACAUAGUCACCAAGGCAUUAAUUAUGACCCAAAUUGCAAAAACAAACAUAACAAAGAAAACAGCAAUUUUUAUGGCAAUUUAGUAGAAUUUGAUAUAAGCAAAAGGUAUCCAGUUAAUAAACUUUUCCAACCAACAUCGUACGAUGAAGACUCGCAGAAUUCUCCAUCCAACUAUGAUGCAGAAAAACUUACCAGCCCAUUUGGUUUUAAUGGAUACAAGUUCCCUACGUUAUCAGAAGCAGAUUUGAGGCUGUUAGCAAAUAAAUACAAGGGUCGUCCAAGUUACGAAAAUGAACACUAUCCUAUACCUGAAUUACCGUUACCGGAAAAGUAUUAUCCGGACGAUAUCCCUCCGCGACCGAAGAAGAAAAACAGGCCACCGAAAAUCCCGGAUUAUAGCUAUCCUAGCGAUGACAUAAACGAUUACAUACUUGUGCCGAAAAAGAAAUUUAAGAAUCCCCCGAGGAUUCCUGAUGAUUACAGACACGAAGAGGAUGAUUACGAGCGUCCGCAAUACUCUAACGAUGAUGAUGAUGAUGACGACCGACACCGACAGCCGAACAAGGGCGAGAAAAAAAUCGUCCGUAAAAUAAUUAAAAAGAGAAAGCCGGUCAUCAACUUAUUAGAUAUCCUUGAUAUUUAAUUUUAUAUUACUAAUUACAAACUAGGUAAUAAAAGUGCUUGAAAUAAUUUCUAAGAUAACAGAUAUUAUACAGACCGAAAUGCAUUAAACUAACGUAUAUAUUUUUUUAGUUCACUUUUUGCUAGCUGUGACAUUAGAUUAGACAAUUAUUUGAUCUAAGUAAUACAAUAAAAGAAAAAUAAAUUCAGGUGUAGGCCGUUAAUUCAUUACUUUUAUGAAUUACCCAUAAUACCGCAAUAAUUUAAAAAAAAAAAUAUUUUUUGUAAAUGAAAAGGUAAAUUAAAAUUGUGGUUUGUUAAAUAAAAUCAAUUUCUGUUUAAUUUUGUAAUUGCAUUUGGACGAGAUACAAUGUACCAAAAUUCAAAAUUCAAAAAUUUAUUCUGCAAGUAGGCCUUAAGGGCUCUUUUACAAGUCAAUACCAAAGUAUUAAACCUAAGUAUUUAAACAUUCCUUAUUUAUUGUGAUGUUUGUUUAAAUUUCAUUUAACUCAGAAAGUUUAAAUAUAGUUUGUGAGAAGAAGGCACGAUACGAAACAUACGAUGCUAUUUUAUAAUUCAUUAGUAGGAAGUAUUAAACACCAAUGUCGAUGUAAAUAGCAUAAUAAAACGAAAACUGUUCGAUGGUUUUUUUUUUAAUUAAGUAUACCCCUACACCCUACAAAAAUAAUUAAAGUGGUUAAGAGUAGGUAAGUGGCAAUUUUUUUUUGUUUUAUUCUAAUUGUGGUCUUAGUUUCAACGUCUUGAACGAAAAACGUUUUAACGAAAUUUUUGUACAAUCAAAUUAUAUAUGUACAAUAAAACACAUAAACAUAGUCUCCAUUGUCAAAAUAAAGACAUUCACGGGGCGUUUCUAAACAAUUCUGUGAAUGUGUUACUAAUGGUUUUCGGCGAACUGUAUCAGUUAUGCUCUUGCGCAAGCAAUCUUCAAUGAUAGCGAAAGUGCCAGCGCCGGCGCACGAGUGGAAGCGUUACGUCACAAGGACGUUGGGUUAUUUAUAACUUGUUUACUUUAAAGGGUCUUUUUUGUUUUACUGCAGACAGAUAAAAUGUAACUAGGUCACUACAGCAGGUUUAGGUAGGUAUUUCUUAUAUCCACCUAUUUUAAUGAUUUUAAUUACGUAAAAUCAUAAUAAAUAGAGUCAGGUUAACUAGCUAACUAGCUCUAGCUCCCUAUAAUGUAUUAAAUAGUUUCUUAAACUAGAUACGUUUGUAAUUGUGAGCGAUUAGUUACGUGUAAGUACAGUCAGCCUCAAUAGUAGCAGAUGAAACAACGCGCCAAAACCAUCUGCCACUCUUUUCUUUUGAAUAUAGAGAUAUAUUUCCACAGUUCGCGUUCUAAGGAUUCUGUAAUAGUUUUAUUGUUUUACGUAUACUGUAUAUGUUACGGGUAAUGCUAGAAGAUUACUUAAACUCAAGUUUACCCUGGUAUCACUAGGUUUUUUAAAACUUUAUUUUGUAUUCUGCGUUUAUCCGUAUACAUCCAGGACAGGUCUACCCAAUACUGGGAGAGUAAUGUCAGAAGUGAUGAUGCAACACCUAACAUUACCCAGCUAAUAUUGGGUAGAUCUAGAUGUGCACGGGUAAACGCCGGAUACAGAUUAAUGUUGUUUAAAUUUUCGGACUUUACCCAAAAAGCUUAUACUCAAUAUACUCAUACACACUACAUAAUUAUAUGUACCUAGUAAAGUCAGAUCAAGCUAAGUUAGCAACGAUUUUGAUAGCUCAACCUAUGCAAGUGUUAAGUAAACGUCAUAAUUUCAUAGACGUCGUUUAAAAUAACACUUGCACUGUAUGAACUAUCAAAAUCGCUGCCAACUUAUCUUGGUCUGACUCUAUAGAGAUACAUAUCUUUAUGUUAACAGGCCAAUUCUAACGUGCACUGACAGAUAACUGAUAUGAUUCAAAUAUCAUUUGAAUAUCAGUUUAAUGUCACCGCACGUUUGACUUGGCUUGUAAGUUAUAGAGAAUGCCAAUUCGAACAUGCCGAAAUUUAAAUUAUAUUGGAAUCAUAUCAGUUAACUGUGACCAAAACAUGCACAGAGCAAAAUGAACGCGCGAUCGACAGCUAACUGAUUUGAUUCCAAUAUGACUUAAAUAUCGGUUUGAAAUAAGUGCCCUUUUGAAUUGGUUUGUUUGAUGCGUAGCCUGGUUUUGAUGCUGACUGUGGGUACCUACAUAUGGCCCGAUUCGAAGAAUGAGAUACAAUAACGAUAAGUUCUGGUUUAGAUAAGUUCUGAUUUAGAUAUCGUUUGCAUGUUGUAUAAUUGACAGAAGCAGCUCGAUUUGUGCAACCAAUGUCACUUUGGCGUUAGAAAUAUCGGAGAUAGAUCUUAUUGGGAUAACAGCGGAAUCAAAAUAAACGUCAAUUUUGACAGUUAUCGAUCUUUUAAAGAUCUUUCCAAGAUCUUAAACGUGUCUUAAUCAUUCUUCGAAUCGGGCCGUUACAUACGUACAUCUAUAUUACCUCAGUAGAUUUCACACGCCAAUGUGAAGGAAAUCCGUAAUGUAUCUUACGAUACAACUACGAAACAACACUAAUCAAUGGAUCGGACAAAGCAGUUUGUGAAAUGUUAUUAGCACCAAUCUGACUUCCAGCUAGACGGUAGAUCCGGUGUAUAUCUAGUGCAUACUUGUUAUGUUUUAUGAACCAAAUCAAC